AUGAUGUGGCUGUUGACUCGAUUGUGGCAUAGAAAUAAGUUGCACGUCCAAACAACAAGACUGGAGACACCUCCUUGUCAAUCGUCUCUGAGCUUUCCGAUCUCCGCCGCUCUCAAUCCGUGUCACUCCCGUUCUGGUAGUGGUGUUUGUGGAUACAAUAACUUCUGCACUUUGGGACAGGAUAAGAGACCAACGUGUCAGUGUCCAAAAAGUUACUCUCUAGUUAAUCCUGAUGAUCCAUAUGGUAGCUGCAAGCCAGAUUUUAUACAAGGAUGUGAAGAAGAUGAACUGAGUAAAAGAAAGGAUCUCUAUGACUUUGAGGUUUUGAUUAACACUGAUUGGCCUUUCUCAGAUUUUGUGCUUCAAAGGCCUUUUACUGAAGAACUGUGUAAAGAAGCUUGUAUGGGAGAUUGCAUGUGUUCUGUGGCUAUUUUCAGGUUAGGUGAUAGUUGUUGGAUGAAGAAGUUACCACUCUCAAAUGGGAAAGUUGAUCCAACACUUAAUGGUGCUAAGGCUUUCUUGAAAGUGAGAAAAGAUAAUACCUCCCUCCAGUCCUUUGAUUUUCCUCCAUUUCCAAUCAUUGCGAACAAGAAUAAUAAUAGGGAAACGUUGGUUUUGGUUGUUUCUGUGCUUUUUGGUAGCUCUGCUAUUCUCAAUGCUGUAUUGCUUGUAGCAAUAUGUUUCAGCACCUCCAUGAUUAUUCAGUACAAGAAGAAGCUUAGAAGAGUUAGCAGAAGUGAAACUAGUGUUGAAACCAAUUUGCGUUGCUUCACUUACGAAGAGCUUGAAGAAGCUACUAAUGGAUUUGACAAAGAGCUAGGAAGGGGAGCUUUUGGUAUAGUUUAUAAAGGAGUCGUCAACAACAACACAUGUUUCGAAACUCGUGUGGCUGUGAAAAAGUUGAACAAUUUUUUGUUGGAUCAAGCUCAUAGAGAAUUCAGGAAUGAACUGAAUGUCAUUGGUCUCACUCAUCAUAAGAACUUAGUUCGUUUACUUGGAUUUUGUGAGGGUGGAAGUGAAAGAUUGCUUGUUUAG